AUGAUCUUGACAUCGUUGGCAACCGUGACGUUUGUAUUAAUUACUGACGUCAUAGCAGAAGAGUGUAAAUUCAUCAAUUCGUGCUCGUGUAAGCUGAGCAAUGGUGGCGUGAUUGAUCUUUCUCCCUUAGCCAACACCGACGGUACCGCGAGGUUUGCCAAUGUUCUAGGGGAUGACUUGAACACCUACAGUUACAAUCCGUGUUUUGGUUUUACAGAAGAAAGUGACUGUACCGACGUAGCUUGUUGUCAGGAGUCUUAUAUGUUGUACUACAACUGCGGUACCCAAGAUUCAGCUUCAUUCAGCAUGCAAGGUAAUGACGUCACCAUAACUUACAAAGGAACGGGCACUGUUGAUCCAUUGGAGAGAACUAGUAAAGUGAAACUGAUUUGCACACCUGGGGGAAUAACGGACACACUCCAUGCGUACGGUAGUGCGGAUUUUUCAACAAACUACGAUUUCGAUUUGUCAUCAAAAUAUUGCUGCCCAAUUGAUGGUGGCAAUGGUGGUCUUAGUGCGGGUUCCGUUCUUUGUAUUAUUGCCGUCGUACUGGUAGUCGUCUACCUGAUUGGUGGAAUUCUAUUCAACAAAUUUAUUCGACACGCUGAAGGAAGUGACGUCAUCCCUAACAAACAAUUCUGGGCAGCCCUGCCUGCAUUAAUCAAGGACGGUUUCUUGUUUGCAAUCUCUCCGUGUAGAAAAGGCUCGAGUCCAUAUUCUUCUAUUGACUACUAG